CAGAGACCGAGCAGCUUUCUUUGGAGUUUUCAGACCAGACAGCGAGGAAAAGUUUGCGGACCUGCGGGCGGCUCCUGUCAGCGGCAGCAGCUCCGUGUCUCACCCAGCCUGUGCGGAGGUUUCCUGCGGGUGAGAGGCUGUACAAUCCUCGGCAGUGUUCUGAGACUGUACGGCCCCGAUCCCCUUCAGCCCGGCCGGUCACACUCUGUCUGCUUUCAUGGACUAAGCAACACGUUUAUUGACAUGAUCUAACAGAGGGCGUCUGACCUGCGCACGUCGAUGUGACAAACUUUUUCGACUCUCAAGUUGGACUUAACUCAGACUGUCGGGGAAUUACACCACAGCAGACACCAUGACGGCCGAUAAGGAGAAGAAAAGGAACAGCUCAGAGCGGCGCAAGGAGAAGUCUCGGGACGCAGCUCGCUGCAGGCGCAGCAAAGAGACGGAAGUUUUCUAUGAGCUCGCUCACCAGCUGCCGUUACCCCACAGCGUCAGCUCUCACCUGGACAAGGCCUCCAUCAUGAGGCUGGCUAUCAGCUUCCUGCGCACGCGCAAAGUGCUCGCCACGGGCUGCAGCAGCAACUGUGACAGCGAUGAGGACGGACAGAUGGACAGUCUGUACCUGAAGUCUCUAGAGGGCUUCAUCACCAUGGUAACAUCAGACGGCGACAUGAUAUUCCUGUCCGAGAACAUCAACAAAUUCAUGGGGCUCACGCAGGUGGACCUCACUGGUCACAGCAUCUUUGACUUCACACAUCCGUGUGACCACGAAGAGAUACGAGAAAAUCUCAGCCUGAAGACAUCUGGCAGCGGCUUUGGUAAAAAAGGCAAAGAGCUGAGUACAGAGCGAGAUUUCUUCAUGAGGAUGAAAUGCACGGUGACCAACAGAGGACGCACCGUCAACCUCAAGUCAGCCAGCUGGAAGGUGCUGCAUUGCACCGGUCACCUGAAGAUGUACAACAGCUGCCCUCCGCGAGUGCUGUGCGGCUUCAAAGAGCCUCCGCUCACCUGCGCUGUCCUGAUGUGUGAACCCAUCGCACACCCAUCAAACAUCGACAUACCGCUGGACAGCAAGACCUUCCUGAGCAGGCACAGCAUGGACAUGAAGUUCACCUACUGUGACGAGAGGGUAACAGAGUUGAUGGGUUACACUCCUGAGGAUCUGCUGGGUCGUUCAGUCUACGACUUUUACCACGCCCUGGACUCAGACAGCGUCACAAAGAGCCACCACAACUUGUGUUCCAAGGGUCAGGCCGUGAGCAGUCAGUACCGCAUGCUGGCCAAGAACGGAGGCUAUGUCUGGGUCGAAACGCAAGGAACUGUUAUUUAUAACAGCCGCAACUCCCAGCCACAGUGCAUCGUGUGCAUAAACUACGUCCUCAGUGACAUUGAGGAGAAGUCGAUGAUUUUCUCCCUGAAGCAGACGGAGUCCCUGUUCAAGCCGCGCCACUUGAGCAGCUUCUUCACUGCUGGAGGUGCAGGCGUGACUGAGCCAGGAGAAGCCCUCUUCACCAAACUCAAAGAGGAGCCGGAGGAUCUCGCCCAGCUGGCUCCGACACCUGGAGACACAAUCAUCAGUCUUGACUUUGAUCGCCCUCAGUUUGAGGAGCCCCAGCAGCCAGCAGGAUACACCCAGGCUUCCUCUGCAGCCAUGCCCCCUCCAGGGCCUCCAUCGUGGACCAGUGAGAGCCACAAGCCUGCUCCUGCGACAUCAGCUCCAAGAGACAUGACUAACAUGGCUGGUACAUUUACCGUGCAGCAGAACCCGCCGCCCGGCAGUGCCACGCCAAGCCUCAGCAGCUGCUCCACGCCCAGCAGCCCAGGUGAUUACUACAGCUCAGUGGAGAACGAACUGAAGGUGGAGCUGACUGAGAAGCUGUUUGCUCUGGACACAGAUGGCAACAACAGUCCUGCAAACGCUGAGAGGGACUUGAGUGACCUCGACCUGGAGACCUUAGCUCCUUACAUCCAGAUGGACGGUGAGGACUUCCAGCUGAAUCCCAUCAUCCCAGAGUCUGAGUCCCUGGAGGGAGGUUCAACAGGAUCCAUGGGGAGCAACAGCAGCCUGUCCCAAACACACCAGGCCAACCCACAGAGCUUCAGCAACAUCGCCAGCCUCUUCCAGCCCCUGUCCUCUCCUCAGCACCAAGGCCACUUCCAGCACCAGCAAGCUGCGUCCUGGGGUGCAGGGGAGAAGAGAGGCUCCAACCAGAGGACCUCAGACCCUCGUUUUAUGACGGGGCAAGUGCACAGUCCUCCCUCAACGGGUUCCAGCUGGCGUCCAUCUGCCCUGGAAGGCUGGCAGAAUCUGCACUGGCCACCGGACCCUCUGUUAACCUACCAACAACAACCACGAGCCACCAAGGCCUGCCUGAUGGACACUUUGUCAGGAGAGGAGCGCCCAUCCUGCCAACAGAACAUGCCACACCUUAUGCAGAAACAGAGGUCCAUUGACAAUUUUGUACAAGUCUACAGGGACAUGAGUCCAGCCAGAGUGGCCAUGGCCAACAGCAUCAAGCGCUCCUUCAACCAGAUGGUUGUGGGUGAAAGCACGCCACCAGAAAUCAUAUGGAAGAAGAUGAGGGGUGACAGUUGCGCAGCCAUGGAUCGCUCCCUCAGUGCGGGAUCACUGGCAGUGUCAGAUAUGGGCAGGAUGAUGCCAGGCAGCAUGACCUCGUGUCUCAGCUCUCUGCAGCAACACAGAAAGUCUCAGUAUCCUGGAAGCAGGACAAAUGAGAAGCCCUUUUCUCAAAAGAGCUGCAGCUACACAGAGUAUAACAUGCUGCCUUCCAACAAGAAGGGUGAAGGUAUUGCUAGUCGCUUGCUGGGCCCUUCCUUUGAGGCCACCUUUCUGCCAGAGUUGACCCGUUACGACUGCGAGGUAAACGUCCCGCUACAGGGCAGCCUGCACCUCCUUCAGGGCUGUGACCUGCUGCGAGCCCUGGACCAGGCCACCUAAAGCCCCAGACUCAAAUCUGCCAUAGACCCGGACUUAAUCCCAACCCUAAGCCUCAACCUGCAGCCUGAGACAUAAAGUAAUACUCUCGAAGAUUUUCAUUUCAAUAAGUGUCUGUUACGUCACUAUCUGUCGCUGAAUGAGGCGGUGGUGACUGAGCCUGUGGCCCAAUGAUGAAAGCCCUUGCUUUUGCAGUAUUACAAACAGGGUGUAUGUGGCAACAUUCCCAGAAGAAUUCACAAGCCGCACAAAGUCAUUAAUAAUCCAUUCACAAAUACUCAGAAACAUAUAAACACACACCGUCUCGGCUGUGGUAACCCCUUCAUCUCACCAGCUGCAGAGCUCACAAAACGAGCCAAUAUAGAAUAAUUCACCAGCCUGGUUUCAAGCCUGAGUCUGCCAACAAACACAAUGCAGUUACUGCCUAUCACCUUGGGUGCCGCCAAAGACAACGCAAUGAAGAUCUUCGAGAUUGUAACUUUAAGCCUUUCUUUACCUUCGUACCUCUGGGCCUCCUGAGAGCCCUGAGGCUAAGCUACCUAUGGGGAUUGGUAUUCAUGACCACAUUCUGUUGCUGAGAUAUCAGGGUCAAGCCACUUAAACCCCUUUUUCCGCUCAACUCAAAUGAGAUGCAGGUCGAACAACAGUGUACAACCCUGCAUUGAGCCGACCACACAUAUAUAACAUGGGUCACUCCGAGGAAAAAAAAAGUCAACGGGGGACAAUUAACUAAGUAAAAAUGAUGCAACACUGUCAAAAACACACCCUGACUUAUUGCAGAGCACUGGGUUUGAUGUAAACGCUCUCUGUUCCCGGGCCUUUGGUAAAAGGGGCAUUAGUGGUAUGGGAUCCAAUCCUACAACCUGUGUCUUAUCCAGGCCCGGUCUGUGCCACAGACCUACACCCUGAUAUGAACUCUAUGCAGCUCAGUUCCCAGACCUACCUUCUCUUUAUUAGCUAAAUCAUUUGGCUCCGAGGAGAAGUACUAUCUACCUAGACACUGUGUUCUUUCACUUUGUGUAUCUGACCAGCAAUUAGACCCAGCCCACUUUCCUAGUCCCAGUCUAAGCCUCAAGCAAAAGUUGGGUAUCAUGAACUGAUUCUGAACAAAGUAUGCUCUUUGAUUCUGCUUGUUGAAUCCCCCCAAAAAAGACGACUUAAAAGACACCGCUCCCAAAUCACAUAAUGCUAGCUUAGGACAUCCAAUCUGUAAAUGGCAAUAUUAUGACAGUGUAUUAGGGUAAUACUAAUAAUAAAAAUGUGAUCAUUUCAAAAUUAAAGCUACAUGUGCCAUAUUUGCGCAAACAGUUACUAUAUCUUGACAGUAGUAUGUAAGACAGAAAGUCUCCUAACACCCAGUCAGAGCCAGGUGGAGUCCCUAAUGCAGUGUCAGUUACAGCUCGUACAAACGCUCGAAGCCAAAAACAGCGUACAUAACUUGUGAAAGUGAGAGCAAACUUUUCACCCGUCGUCUUCUGUUUUCUUGUCUAUGUCGUGUACGUUGUUGUUGGCUUUGAGCGUUUGCACGCGCAACGAUUGACACUGCAUUAGGGACUCCACCUGGCUCUGAUUGGUUGUCAUCAUUCAGGUGCGCUGGAUUCUAACAAAUGCCAUUAGGAGCAGCAGGAGGAGCUAGAAAAACAUGUUUCAUCCCUCCAUUAUCCGUCUCAAGUACUACUGUCAGGACAUAGACAGUUUCAGUAAAUACAGCUUUAAAGUCGUAAAUUUACAAUUAAAAAAAUUAAAUAUAUAAUCUGAGGUUAAAAAGUCAUAAAUUUGUAAGAAAAAACUCAGACAUUCUCUUAUUUAAAUUCACAAAAUCUCUAGUUAAUAAUAAAUAGAAAUGACUGGACGUAAAUGGCUGAUUGCGGCACAGAUUUGAAUAUAUUAAUACACAAGUUGCAUGAACAGCCAUGUGAUGUUUUAACAAAUGUAUUUUGUUUGUGUCUUGCAGUUCACUUGACUCUGGUGUUUCAAAGCAGGAACGCCUGGCUGUUCAACCUCGUUGCCCGUUUGUAUGUGACCGAGCAAAUAAUGCAUCGACACAUGUUUCAAUAGUGCCAAAAUAUCUGUUAGCUGAGCAGAAUAAUGUGAGUCUCAUGCUAAGCUAAUUGCUAUCGCAACCUGAAAUCUGUCUGUGUCAUGCACAAACAUCUGCCUGUUAUUCUCCCAGGGCUCUCACACCUGGGGGGGUUUACACAGCCAUAUAUAAGCUUGAUAAAUAUCUUACACUAAUAAAUAUGUUCUUGGUCUUAUUUAAUACAAACUGUCCCAUUAGUGUACCGUAAAAAAAAAAAAAAGGUGCUGUUGAUCCAACCCUGCAAAGUGCAAUGAUGUGGUUCAUUGCCGAAAAAUGUAAUCUCACAAAUUUAUGACUUUAUAAUUUCAGAAUAUCCAGGUUUUAAUAGAAUCGAUUUUUGACAAUAAUCUCGGAAAUUCUGAGUUUUUUUCAUCAGAAUUUCAGGCUACCCUCCUCCCCCUACUCCGUGGUUAUCUUUUAAUACUUACAGCAGCCUGUGUUGUUGUACCGCAUAGACAAUAUUUCUUUUUUUAAAUCUUAAAACACUUAAUUAUAACGGAGAGUCAUCUUAAGAUAGGUGUUUUUCUUUCAGUUCAUUCUCAAAAACACCUGAGAAUUUGCAUUAAUAAGCAGAAUCAGAAUAUAAAUGAUACCCAACUCUGCUGGAGCCUUCUCCACAUGUACAGACAGACACACCUCUACAAUCAUCUACCUGCCUCUCUGCCUGAAUCCAUCCCAUCUGAGUCACUAUGACAUCCUCACCUGCUCUGUUUGUUCAUUCUCACAACUGGUGCACAGCAGCAUUACUUCAGUUUGGGUCAAAAUUAAUGCAUUUUAUUUUAGUUCUUAUAAUUUGUCUUUUUUUCUGUUAUGAGACAUUUUAGCUUUCAUCAGAUCUCCCCACGUUAUUUAAUCCAAAUCGACCGGAUACUUUACAAUAUCAGCUUUGUUUCUCAUUUAUUUUUUAUGUUCUUACUCUACCUACAAGACUCUUAUUUUUUUGUGUCUCGCUCACAGACACACUAAUAAACAUAUAUUGCAAUACAUGUAGUCUACUGUAAGUUGAAUAUUGUUAAGUUUUGUUUUUCCUUUUUUUGUCUAUUUUCUCUCCUUAAAUCUGAUUUAUCUAAACUUGUUCCUCUCACGCUUUCUCGGUCAGGUAACUAGCGCCAAGUGAUGACAGGGUUUUUCUUAUUGUGCAAUUAUUUCAUUAAGCUCGUUAUAGCCAGCAACAUAGCUCGCCUCAUCAUCAAACUGAUAGCUUGUACAAAUGAUCUGACUUACAUAUUGUAGGCUUACACACUUCAUGCGAUGUGACUUGGAAGUGGAGUGUACGUGUUAUUCUUCAUGAUUAGGACGAGGCCAGUUUUUCUUGUAAGUGUUGACACGGAGCGGCUGCCCAUAUUAGAACGCUUUGAUACAGAAUAUUAUUAGUCGACCUAAUACACAAUGAACUAGGAGCCAGGUCAGAGUUCUUAUUUUCAACCUGUAGACUGUAGUUUUCACCCAACUGAUGUCAGUGAUCACAUCGACAGAAUGCGUUGUAUAAAAACAAGCUUUCCUCUCCUUUCCUGUACUCAAAGUAUUUUUCUUAUUCUCACUAUUUUUUUGAGGUAAUCGUCUUCGUGUGGUGACCACUUUAAGAGUAUGAAUUAUAGAGCUUUGUCACAUCUACGUUACGUAUUUAAAAAGACAAAACUAAUGUUUAAGAUAGUGUUUUUAGUGUUUGUGUUCUGGUACUUUGUCCUUAUCUACGCCUGUAGAUGCAGAUGGAUCAGAUCUCUCGCAGUGCUUUUUCCUCUCGUGCUGUUUCUGUGUUGUGGCAUUUUGUUCUGUUAUUUUUUUUCCUCCAGAGUUUUAUUCUUAAAUAUCCCUAAAAUAUCUAUUGAAUCUUUUGGCUGGGCAGUACUGUUUUUGUUCUUGCUUUAAAACUAAAAGAUAACAGGAAAAAAAAAGAGUUCAGAUUAAAGAUGAAUAUCAGUUUCACUUUUCAGAUAUGUAGCAUUUUGAAUAUUGUAAAGAAGGUGAAGUUGCCACAUAAUUAAUCACAUAGUUUUCAAGUUGCAUAUAUAAAAGCAAUGGUGCUUUAUAGACCAUGUAUGUGUCAUUUUUAGAACCUGUAUUACAUCUCUUGGAUCCACUAACACUAUAUUUUGAUGUUCUCUGUUUUAUGUUGUGCUGAAAGUUUCUUUAAAGUUUAUUUUAAUCCGUAUAAAUGUGCCUUACGGUUGUCUCAUCACAUACUGAGUUUGCCCUUCAAGUGCACAGUGUGUUUCCUGCGACCCUGUAGAUGACUUCCUCUGAACUCUGGGGGCUGUUACUGAAUAAAACCCUAACUUGACAUUGGAUUUUAACACCUUAACUGUGUCUCUCGGCAUUUGUCAUUUAAAGGGGUAGUUCAGAUUUUUCAAAAUGGGGUUCUGUGGGGUACUUAUCCAUAGUCAGUGUAUUACACACAGUAGAUAUCAGUUAGCACGCUCUUAGAUAUGCAGGGGCCAGCAACAAAACAUAUUGUAGCCACCUAAAAAAGUCCCACCUAAAAAGAAAAACAUCAAUGUCAGUUAAGUGUCCACUAUAUUGAGAGUGUUUUCACUGCUUGUUUCAACGGAGGUGCUGUCAACGGCUUCAGUUCCCCAUCUUUGCUCUGGUUAAAGCCACCAACCUCUUUGUGAAUCCAAACUAACCAUGUCAAAUGCCAAAUUCACACAAUAACACAUACAAGUUAACUGAUGGAGGCAGCAGUAGACCAGCAGCUCCUGUGUGCAGCAAUGUUAAAUCACAGUUUUUCUCAAUGGAGUCUGGCUUUGAAGACAGCUUUAUGACGGCUUUAUUUUCCAGUUGAAAAUCACUGUCUGACAUUAGGGUGAAGCAGUGAGAAUACUCUCAAGAAAACAUACACUUAACCUGAUGCUGAUUAUUUAGAUGGAACUUUUUUAAGUGGCUAAACCCCUUCUACUGUUUAUAAUAUACUCUCUAUGGAAAAGUACCCCGUACAAACUCACUUCAACAAAUCUGAACUAUCCCUUUAACAACCAGCUGGCAGAGCCUGAUAUUAAUGUGAAACUACAGUAGAAGCUUUGCAUUUGUUGGGUCCACUUGCCUUUUGUAGUCAGUGUCACAGUUGGGAUGAUUUUCACAACAACCCCUCAGGGUCUGUAGCCAACAGCUCCUUCGUAGCCUCCUCUGAUCGAUCACUUAGAUCCAGACAGAACAACAGCCUAGUCAGGAAAUAUAAAAUAGAAACCUUUUAGAUUAAAGUAGAACCCACUGUAGACCCCCUGGUGAUGACGAGUCAAAAUUAUUAAAAGGUUUUUAAGGAUGUGGAUUCCCCAGCUCAUCACAUGACCUGACUGUCUGUCGAUGAAGCUGCUUGUAGGUGUUUUAGGUUUAGCUGAAAAAGAUCUGACUGGACAGUGAAAGUUCUCCUGUGCGGGUCAGAGGGGACAGCAGUGUCCCACAGAGUUAGUGCCUUGCUUUUGCAGACGCACGAAGCAAAUUCACCUGAGUUUUAGUUCGAUAAAUAGUGGCUCAACAUGCUGCACGGCCUGCCUUAAAAACAUGUGCACAGAAGCUUUAAAAUAUAAAAUUUGACAAACAAUCUUUUUUUUAAGGUUUUGGCCAUUAGUUCCUACUCAGUUACUGAGAGCACAGGAAUGGAGUUCAUUGGAGCAACAUGAUAAUUCAGAUGUUUCGAAGGGUGAGAACCAAAUCUGCUGUUUAAAUAAAUCCCAGUAUCAGAAGUGAAAGGAUGGUGCAAAGCUGUCUGGUAGCAAAAUUGGUAACCGAAAUGUUAUAAGUGAUGAUAAUACUGUCCAAAUGUAUGAAAAUAAAACCCAGAUUUUAAAGAGAUUAAAUGUUAACUACAAACAAACCAGCUAAGCAACCCAAUCAACAGAGAAAAAUGUUGGUUUUGUACGUUUCUGCACACCACUGGUAUGUUACAUUUGCUCAUUGUUACGUAGCAGAUCCGAUGAAACUUAACACUUCAACAGCGCUUUGUUAACAUGGCAAGGUGUAGGCACAAAAACAAUUGGUUAAGGUUAGGAAAAGAUCAUGUUCUGGCUUAAAACACCCAGUUUUGGUGCCACAAACCCCGCUGGAAACGACCACUUACUGUGCUUCUGUCCCGGCAGGAAAAGCAGCAAAUGUGACAUAUUCUUGAUUUGCAGAAACAUACAAUGCCAACAUUUUCCUCUAGCAACUGAGCUGAGCAAAGCCACAUGAGGUUUAAUCAGACUGGAGAUUGUUACGAUCCUGAGAGAGGAUGCGGGCACAGAAACAGUUUGAACAGUUACAGAGAUGUGAAAAGACAAGAUGUCGAGUAGAGUGACAUUAAAAGGGAGAUACACCCUGCUCAGCCUGCCCACUGACGCAUAUCUCUCAACUCCUCCACUCAACAUCUACCUCAUCUGUUUCUGCUGCCACUCCUCCUCUCUCUGCACUUUCUUUUAAGACCUGAAAGCCAAAUUUUGUUUCCUCUCCUUGUAUGUGAGCGUUACUUGACACAAGAGGGCAUUUUUAACAUUGCUAACAUUGGAAGUUCUUCCUGCACAUUGAACUAUUCCUUUUUAAAUGAUUAUUUAUAGUAUUUAAAGACUUAAAAUUUAUUUUUGCUCUGUAUUUUAAUCAAUCAUAAAAAUCAAACUUAGAUUAGGUUCCCAGAAAAGCACCUUAAAGCAUGUUCAAAGUUUUAAAUCAUUAUUAUUUUCAUUAUUUUUUUGGAGACCAAAGAGGUUUUAGGAUGACAAUAAAUGUUCUGAAGCUUGCACUUGGAAGAAGAUCAGCACCUCAGAUGGACUUUUUAGCAACUGAUGAGAUUUGAACUAAACUGUGUUAAUGUAUGUGAACAGAGUUGGCCAGAUGGAAGUUGACUUAAAUCAAUCUAGACAGAGGUGAAGUCCCGCUCCCGUUUUACGAUAGCUUCUGCUGCACAAGCUUCAGCCAGACAAUCUAAAGUUGAUUAUGUGUAGCUAGUCAUUUUAACCACGACAAAACAUUUACUAUAUUUUUAGCAUUCACAAACUACACCUCUCUGAGUCUUAAAGCUUCUUAGGAGGUAUAGUUUUAUAUCCGAACAGAGGAACAGGUGUCAGCUAUUUAGAAAGACAGAAUAACUCGAAGAGACUGCUAUCCAAAAAUGGGCGGGGCUUCACUUCUCUAUUUAAACCUCAGAAGGCUUAUCACCAGUUCUAGUGCUCAACACACUGUGCUGCUUGAAGGGGUCCCCCCCCCCCCCCCCCCCCCCCCCCAAAAACAAAAGUGGCAAAACAUGUCAGAGUUAAUCCAUUCAUUGCACUUCCUCUUUAAAGACAAUAUCAGCAUUUUUUCUUGUGUCUCGUGUGACAACAGGGUUUUUGUUUUUCCUUAUGGGAUCCAUGUUGAGCUACGUGUAUUCUGUUUUUGUCCAUGUCAUACAGUACAGUUAUAUUAGCUGAUUCUGCAUUUUUUUAAUAUGCUAAAAAAUUCAUAUUGAUCUUAUUAUUAUCAUAUAUUGUUAUCAUUGUUAUUACUAUAUGGGGAAUUUAACCCGAUAAGAAGUUUGUGUUUCUGCACUGAUAUCUUAUUAUUAAACCAUACUGAUCUUACCCUC